GCAGGAGAAGUUUCUGCGCAGAGUCGACUUCGAAGUUCGGGUCUUCGUCUUUCUACUUCUAGUUCUAGUUCAAACUUUAUUUAUUUUCACUCAAACAGUCGUUUAUUCAUUGUAAAACUGGCGUACAUUGUAGAUAACAGAUACCUCGAUAGUAUAGAUAGCCAUUUUCUGGAUCUUGUCCAUGCUGAUAUUGAGGAAAUUUUGACAUCAGUUGACGUUGAAAAGUGUGUCUUUGUCUUUCCGGCCGUUACCAGUCGGUACCGGUUUCUGAUCCAUCAAGCCGUUGAGGAGUAUCCUGAGCUAGCCAGUUUCUCCAUUGGACAGGAAGACGACAGAAGGACAGUUAUCUGCCCAAACCAUCUGAGGGCCGGAGACCCAUCUCAAACUGAGAACCCCAGAAAGCGAGGCCUUGAGGGCGAGCCCCAGGUAGGGCUGGACAGCACCACCUGGAGACAAAACGAGGAAGCCAAAAAGACCAGGGCGGAUUCCUCUUGGGGACUCUUUGGAAGAGAGAGGAGUGAGACCAAGAAGGAAGAGGCAGACAGAGAAGAAAAGAUGCAGUCGUCUCAAGACGCAGUCAGCUCGGAAGGCGGGACGCAAUCCCAGUCUAAAGAGACAGGAAGGAAAUCCAAAAGGGCCCCACAAGAAUUGUACGUGCCCCGAGGCCGCAGACAGCAGGCUGUUGACAGACCAGAGGGGGUAUCGUCUGAAGCCAGUCAGCAGCCAAGAAAAAAUGAGAAACGGAAGGGACGCGAAAGUGGAAAGGUAAAACCGCAGAGGGAUCGGAAAAUCUCAACGGAUGGGGAAGAAGGCGAGGAUAACUCGGCCAAAGAGAAGAAAUCACAGAACAGAGGGAGGCAUGGUAAGAGAGUGGAACAGCAGAGAUAUGUGCCAAAGCCACAGAGGGAGGAUGCCAAAGCCAGGAAGAGUUCAGAUGAGGCCAUUACUUUGCCAGCAGGAGAGAGUCAGAAUGUAUCCAGGGUGGGUAAUAGUAGUGCCAAAAAGCAGGUCUCACAGACCGUGGAGUCGUGCAAGAAUGCGUCCCCUGUCCCUGAGGAUUGGAAUGAGAUUGAUUGCGAUGACAAAGAGGUCACAUGUCAUCCGACAGGAACCAGACUCACUGCCCAUGGCAGACUCGUUCCCGUAGGUCCUGGUGAUGCCACAUUGCAAGAAGCAGCACCGAACGAGAUGGAGGUUAAAACACAAGAAAUUAAAAGCCAAUCAGAAGAUGGUAUGAGGCUUCAGGAACCUGAGGACAAUCCCAAAGCUCAGAUAGUAUCCAACUUGACCAAAGUCAGUUGCACUGAAGAAGACAAUUGGGACACAACAAUGAGCAAUAAUUCUGAAGCAAAGGUUGCUAGUCAUACAGUCGAAAGUGAAGAAACCACAAAAUUCCAAGAUGCAAGUGCGGGCCGGAAAAGCAAUAGUAAGGAACUUAAGGAAGACGUUUUGGCCUCUGACACGUCUGAAGCCAUGGAAACAAUCUGCAAGACAAAUGAGGACACUGCUUCGCUUGCUGAAAAAUCAUCGGUUACCAUGACAACAGAUGAAGUCUCACAAAGGCAGGACACUGAUGCUGGAGUUAGUACAAACACGGAUGCUGUGGGCUCAUUAAGCUUAAAUCACAAAUUACCUGGUGGAGAAACAUGUCUCGCGUCAAACGCUCCUUCAAGAAAUGACGUAGACUUGACAGGGAUGCAACAGACCUCAGAAGCAUCAUCAACGAACUUGUUGCCUGGAGAUACUGACCUUAGUGAGACAGUGCAGGGAAACAAGCAGCUUGAUCUUGUUACAGAUGAGGAAGAUGAUGCUAGUACUAGAUGCAACGAGGAGGCUGUUGCCGUGGAAACUCCUCCAGAAGUUGAGAAGAGCAACGAUGCGGGAAAUGAAGACGACGAUGAUGCAGAAGAAGGAGACGACUGGGAUGCCAUGUUUGAUGAGAGUGGAGAUUGUCUUAAACAAGAGGAGAUGCAAGAGUUGUCGGAAGGUGUCGGGAACGUUGAGGUUUCUGUGAAGCAGUCCAAAAGAGAUUACUACAACUAUCAACCCAAGGACAACAUGAACUAUUCAGAGCUGGAGCAUGUUAUUGAGGUGUUUGAUUUCCCUCCCGACUUCAAGACUCACGAUCUGAUUACUGGAUUCUGUAAUAUGAAAACCAAAGAGAUGGACAUCAAGUGGAUUGACGACACGCAUGCUCUGGCUAUAUUCCCAUCAUCAAUCAUUGCCCAAGACGCCCUGAGCAUAUCCAACCCCAUGUUCCGCACCCGGCCCUUACUCCUCGCCUCCCGGGAGGCCAAAGUCAAAGCCAAGCAGUCUGUGGAGUUCCUGAAUCCGCCCAGCAAACCCCGACCCGAGACCUCGGCCGCUACGGCCCGGCGGCUGGUCAGCGGGGCCCUGGGACUGAAGACCAACGAGUCCAAGGAACAGAGGGCAGCAGAGAGGCAGAAGCUGAAAGAAGCUAAAGAUCGCCGACGGAAUGACAAGAGACAACAGGAGGACAUCUGGAGUGGUAACAUCUGACCUUUGAACUCUGGGCCACCUUGAGGGCGCUCUUUAGAUCCUUUGAACUCUGGGCCAGCUUGAGGGCGCUCUUUAGAUCCUUUGAACUAUGGGUCACCUUGAGGGCGCUCUUUAGAUCCUUUGAACUCUGGGCCAGCUUGAGGGCAUUCUUUAGAUCAUAACUCUUUAUUUUUUAAAGUUGUUUUCCCAUUGCUCUUAAAAAACGAAUUUUCAAUUUGUAUGUUUUGUUUGACAAAAAAAACCUGCUUUAUUCCGAUUUUGAGUACAAAUGAACCGCCCUACGAGAGAUGAGUUGUUGCCUGACAGCCAGUGAUUCAAUAGCAUGGGAACUAUCUUUGAAUGUCUGCUCUUUCAAAUUAUACCAUUGAGGCAGAUUAUAAAAAAAUGCAAUAACUGUUAACCUUUGAACGCAUACAGAAAGCCAUAUUUAGAUUGAAUGUUGAAAUAAUUGCAGUCAUUUGUGUAGGUCGAUAGUUUUUACUUUGAAUUCAAGUGAUUUGUUGUUAAUAUUGUUGAAAUAAUUGAUCGUGGUUUCUGGGCACUUUUUGCAUCCGCCAAAAAGCACAUUCCUUUGUAGUAUCAAAUUUUAUUUAAAGGGUUUGCUUUUUGUGCUUUUUUAUUUGUUUGAAGCAACAAAAUUGCUCAAAAUCUUUAGUUAAAUUGGAAGGUACAUUCCCGGGUAAUUGCAAAUUGUGUAGUAUUAGAUCGAUCAAAAUAAAUUGUUUUGUUUUUGCAUAGAAAACUGUUAAAGAUAUUUUAGGACAUGAAUUGGAGAUUCAGAUGGAAAGUAAAUAAGAAGGUUAUAAAAGGUUAUAAACCAAACAGAAAUAUUUCAGUGCACUUAACUGACCUGUUGGAAAAGAAUGAAGAUCAAUCAGUUUUAUUGUCAACUAUAAAAAAAAAAAAAAAAAAAUUUAUUUACUUCAUUUUUAAUUAAACAAAUUCAAGCAGUAUUACUUAUUUUUUAGAUUAGACUAUGGAAUGAAUUAGACUACUUUUUAGAUGUUUUUCCGAUUUUUCAAAUUUUAUUCAAAAGUUUUGUAAAUUUGUUUGUGACACUGGGCACUUUGUGUAUAUAUAAAAGAGUAUAAGUUUUAUUUGUGAAUUGAAAUUCAUUAAAUAUCAUUUGUACAAUAAAUAAGUUUUGCUUAACUGAA